UGAAACUCCAAGAAAAGUACUUCCAACAAAAUGGUGGCUUAAUGUUACAAGAACAUAUUUUGAAUCAGGGAAGGUCUAUGGAGACAAUGAAAAUCUUUAGUAAUGAUGAGCUUAAAAAGGCCACCAACAAUUAUGACGAGAGCAGAGUCCUUGGCAAAGGGGGUUAUGGAACUGUUUACAAAAGUGUAUUACCUGAUAACAAAGAGGUUGCCAUCAAAAAGUCCAAAAUCUGUGAUAAGAGCCAAAUCAAGCAAUUCAUAAAUGAGGUGAUUUUGCUUACCCAAAUUAAUCAUAGAAAUGUGGUUAAGCUAUUAGGUUGUUGUCUUGAAACAGAAGUUCCCUUACUCGUAUAUGAAUUCAUCACAAAUGGGACUCUUUCUGACCAUAUUCAUGAUAUAAGUCGGGCUUCUUCUUUUUCAUGGGAAAAACAUUUGAAGAUAGCAACAGAAACAGCAAGAGCCCCUGCAUACCUACAUUUUGAAACUUCUAUGCCAAUUAUACAUAGAGAUGUGAAAAGCACAAAUAUAUUGUUAGAUGAUAACCACACAGCAAAAGUGGCUGACUUUGGAGCUUCAAGGUUGAUAGCUCUUGAUCAAACAGAAAUAACUACCUUGGUGCAAGGAACUCGUGGGUACUUAGACCCUGAAUACUUCCAAACUGGCAAGUUAUUAGAAAAAAGUGAUGUGUACAGUUUCGGUGUUGUGUUGGCAGAGCUGUUAACAGGUGAAAAGGCAAUUUCUUCCUAUAGGCCUGAAAGUUACAAAAACCUAGCAAUGUUUUUUGUUUCUGCAGUUAAAGAAGAUCGUUUGCUUCACAUUCUUGAGGAUCACAUUGUCAAUGAGGUUAAUAUUGAGGCAUUAAAGGAAGUUGCUAAUCUUGCAGAAGGGUGCUUAAGGUUAAGAGGGGAGGAUAGGCCCACUAUGAUGGAAGUGGCAAUGAAGCUUGAAGGAUUGAGAAUCAUGGAAAAACAUCCAUGGGGAAAGGAUAAUCAAACCACAUAAGAAACAGAAUAUGUGCUCUGUACACCUGCAGUCCCUUUCAACAUUGAUAUUGGAGUUGGUUCUUCUGUAAGUGCAGUUAGCGGACCUGAUAACAUGAUAAACCAACUCUUGAAACCCCAAGAUGAUGGCCGAAAAUGAGUUAAGUCCACAAUAAUUGAUUUAUAUAAAUCAAUGAGAUCCAUUCAUGAACUUCUAUAAGCCUAUUAAUGUUGUGUAAUAAUGUUGUAGACUACCUUGUAAGAUUAUUCAGUACUUUUUUCUGGUUC